AUUGGCGUCUCUGCCUUUUGCCCAUACUCUCUGCUAGGGUUUCAGACUCGCCGCUUCUUUCUUUCUUCUUUCUUCUUAGUCUUCUUCGUUUCGAUAAUCGGAUUUUUGAUCACUCGCUCGCUCGCUCAGUCUCCGAGUCAACUCGCCAACUCGAUUCAAAUGGCAAUGGAGGUGACUCAAGUUCUUUUAAAUGCACAAGCAGUAGAUGGCACUGUGCGCAAGCAGGCAGAAGAAAAUCUCAAACAAUUUCAAGAGCAAAAUCUUCCAAGUUUCUUGUUUUCUCUUGCUGGGGAAUUGUCAAAUGAUGAUAAGCCCGUUGAGAGUCGUAAAUUAGCAGGCUUGAUUCUGAAGAAUGCCUUGGAUGCCAAAGAACAACAUAGGAAACUUGAGCUUGUGCAAAGAUGGUUGUCAUUGGACCCCUCUGUGAAGACUCAGAUCAAGGCAUGCUUGUUAAAGACCCUCUCUUCUCCUGCUCUGGAUGCUCGAUCAACUGCAUCGCAAGUCGUUGCAAAGGUUGCAGGUAUUGAGUUACCACAUAAACAGUGGCCUGAACUGAUAGGGUUGCUCUUGUCUAAUAUUCACCAGCUUCCGGCUAAUACCAGGCAGGCAACACUGGAAACUCUUGGGUACAUUUGUGAAGAAGUCUCCCCAGAUGCGGUAGAACAGGAUCACGUAAACAAGAUUCUUACUGCUGUAGUUCAGGGUAUGAACUCUUCCGAGAGUAACAAUGAUGUUAGGCUUGCCGCUACUCGAGCUUUGUACAAUGCUUUAGGUUUUGCUCAGGCAAACUUUUCCAAUGAUAUGGAACGUGAUUACAUAAUGAGAGUUGUUUGUGAAGCUACCCUUUCUCCAGAGUUGAGGAUUCGACAAGCUGCUUUUGAGUGUUUGGUUGCCAUAUCUUCAACCUACUAUGAGAAGUUGGCUCCUUACAUACAAGAUAUCUUUAACAUCACUGCAAAGGCUGUUAAGGAAGAUGAGGAGCCAGUCGCUCUUCAAGCCAUUGAGUUCUGGAGUUCAAUAUGUGACGAGGAGAUAGAUAUUUUAGAAGAAUAUGGAGGUGACUUUACUGGGGAUUCUGAUGUUCCCUGCUUUUACUUUGUUAAGCAGGCGCUCCCUGUUCUUGUCCCCAUGUUAUUAGAGACGCUACUUAAGCAGGAUGAGGAUCAAGAUCAAGAUGAAGGGGCUUGGAACAUUGCAAUGGCUGGAGGCACAUGCCUGGGUUUGGUUGCACGAACGGUUGGAGAUGAUGUUGUCCCACUUGUAAUGCCAUUUAUUGAAGAGAAUAUAACAAAACCAGAUUGGAGGCAAAGGGAGGCUGCUACUUAUGCUUUUGGUUCCAUUCUGGAAGGUCCAUCCCCAGACAAGCUCAUACCACUUGUUAACAUUGCCUUGAACUUCAUGCUCACUGCGCUUAUGAAUGAUCCAAAUAACCAUGUGAAGGACACUACUGCUUGGACUCUUGGAAGAAUGUUUGAAUUUCUGCAUGGGUCAGCUUUGGAGACCCCCAUAAUUACCCAGGCAAAUAUUCAACAGAUUAUUAAUGUUCUGCUUCAGAGCAUGAAAGAUGUACCAAAUGUUGCGGAGAAAGCCUGUGGUGCUCUCUAUUUCUUGGCCCAGGGUUAUGAGGAUGCGGGAUCUUCAUCUUCUCCACUAACUCCAUUCUUCCAGGAAAUUGUUCAAGCUCUUCUCACUGUGACUCACCGAGAAGAUGCUGGAGAGUCACGCCUCCGCACUGCAGCCUAUGAGACUUUAAACGAAGUUGUGAGGUGUUCUACUGAUGAGACAGCUUCAAUGGUGCUGCAACUAAUUCCUGUCAUUAUGAUGGAGCUCCACCAAACUCUUGAGGCACAGAAGCUUUCGUCUGAUGAGAGAGAGAAGCAGAAUGAAUUACAAGGUUUGCUCUGUGGUUGCUUGCAGGUCAUCAUACAGAAACUGGGGUCAUCCGAGCAAUCGAAAUAUGUCUUCAUGCAGUAUGCUGACCAGAUGAUGGCCCUUUUCUUAAGAGUAUUUGCUUCUCGAAGUGCCACAGCUCAUGAGGAGGCUAUGCUUGCCAUUGGAGCUCUUGCCUAUGCAACAAGUGCCGAUUUUGUAAAAUACAUGCCAGAAUUUUAUAGGUAUUUGGAAAUGGGUCUUCAAAAUUUCGAGGACUACCAGGUUUGUGCCAUAACAGUUGGUGUAGUUGGGGAUAUAUGCAGAGCGCUGGAGGAUAAGAUAUUGCCUUACUGUGAUGGAAUAAUGACCCAGCUUCUCAAGGAUUUGUCAAGCAACCAGUUGCACCGAUCUGUAAAGCCCCCAAUAUUUUCAUGCUUUGGUGACAUUGCUUUGGCAAUUGGAGAAAACUUUGAGAAGUACUUAAUAUAUGCUAUGCCCAUGCUUCAAAGUGCAGCAGAACUAUCUGCCCAUAUUUCCGGUGCUGAUGACGACAUGUUGGAGUACACCAAUUCUCUGAGAAAUGGAAUUCUAGAGGCAUACUCAGGGAUCUUUCAGGGAUUUAAGGGUUCUUCGAAGACCCAGCUAUUGAUGCCUUUUGCACCUCAUGUUCUUCAGUUCUUGGAUAGUUUGUAUAUGGAGAAGGACAUGGAUGAUGCGGUGUCUAAAACGGCAAUUGGGGUCCUUGGAGAUCUAGCUGAUACCCUGGGUAGUAAUGCAGGUCCCUUGAUUCAGCAAUCUGUGUCAAGCAAAGACUUUCUAAGUGAAUGUUUAUCAUCAGAUGACCAUUUGAUAAGGGAAUCUGCCGAAUGGGCCAAGUUGGCCAUCAGUCGAGCCAUUUCUUUUUGAGGCAACUGCUUCAUAUACUCUUCUUCUUUGCAUGCAUUUGGGUGUGUUGAGUGGGGUCUGGGAUUGCAUACAAUGAGUCAGGUCGUCACCAUUUUUGGGCGCAGAUGUUUGGUCGGUCGGCUGUCAGUGUUUCCCUCAGCAGCUCGGAGUCGGUUUUUUUUUUUUUUUUUUUCAAUUGUUCAUUUUAGUUUUGCAUUGCCAUGGAAGAAGUCGGUGAUGACCCAUACAUUUCUGCUAGCUUGGCAGAAAAAGUUGAACUAUUACUAAGUUAAAAAGGAAGUCAAUGGUAUGGGAGGAAUGAGAACUAGGAGACUCCAUUGCUCCCUUAUGCGUCUAAUGUGCUAGUGAUAGCAGUUCCAUUUGUUGGGAGUCGAUGGUGCUGAAGCAUUGGGUUGGGGGUAAUUUAGCAGCAAUGUAAAAGCCUGCAUUUUUUAAUCUUUUGGCCUUCUUUUUCCUUUCUUCCCCACACCGAAAUUUGGUGUCUGAAAGCAUGGCACUGUUACAUGUCAAUUUUCAUAGAGUUCGGUCUCUUGCCUUUUGUACUCAUGUAUACUUGCUCAUUAUGUGGGAUUGGUGACAAACAACAUAAUAUUAGGACAUUCAUAUCAUGCAUUAGUCAUAUUUUAUCAUCAUUAUAUUUACUGUACCUUUUUAUUAUUUAGUCAAUGAUCAAUAGCAUGCUUUUUAUAUGCUCUUUUUA